UCGUGAUUCAAAGUAUAAAGAGAUAGUAUAGGAAGCUGAAUAUGAGCACUGUUCAGGAUCUAUUCUCCCUCGAGGGCCAGACUGCCCUCGUAACAGGCGGUACACGGGGAAUUGGGCAGGCAAUGGCUUUGGCACUUGCUGAAGCAGGUGCAGAUAUUCUUCUUGUUCAGCGUGAUACCUCAAAUCAAACGACCAAAGAAGCCAUCGAGAAGCUCGGCCGGAAAGCCCAGAUCUACACCUGCGACCUAUCCUCCAACGAGUCCGUCUCUCAAUUGACCCCUACGAUCCUCGAAGACGGCCAUCGAAUCCACAUCCUCCUCAAUUGCGGCGGUAUCCAACGGAGGCAUCCCGCCCACCAAUUCCCCGACGACGACUGGCAGUCUGUUCUCCAAGUGAACUUGACAUCGGUAUUUACGCUCAGUCGCGAUGUUGGCGCACAUAUGCUCGCGUCUCCUCCCAUGUCCGAAUCGUCGGAGCGUCGUGGCGCUAUCAUCAACGUCGCGUCUCUGCUAUCCUUCCAGGGAGGCUUCACUGUCCCUGCGUAUGCGGCAUCAAAGGGUGGAGUCGCGCAGCUGACCAAGGCAUUGAGUAACGAGUGGGCAUCAAAGGGCGUCAACGUGAACGCGAUCGCGCCAGGCUAUAUUGCUACGGAGAUGAACACGGCGUUGAUCAAUGAUCAGAACAGGGCCAAGAGUAUCCUCGAAAGAAUACCUGCAGGCAGAUGGGGAAGCCCAGAUGAUUUCAAAGGCGUAAUAGUAUGGCUUGCCAGUCGAGCGAGUAGCUACGUCAGUGGGGAGGUGGUCACAGUUGAUGGAGGCUGGAUGGGACGUUAG